AUGUCGUCCCGUCAUCAUACGUCGUAUAUCUUUGUGAUUGGUGGUACGGGCGCCCAAGGAAUCCCCAUUAUUCGUGGCCUGGUCAAAGACAAGAAAUACAAAUGUCGAGUGAUGACUCGAGAUGUGAAUUCACAGAGGGCCAAAGACCUGGUCGCGCUGGGCAAUGUGGAGUUGAUGGAAGGCACCUUUGCCAGCGAACCCGAUCUUCGAAGAGGGUUCCGCGGCUGUGACGGUGCUUUUGUCAAUAUCGACGGAUUCAAUUGUGGCGAGAAGACCGAGAUUUAUUGGGCCAUCAGAGCUUACGAACUCGCUCUGGAGGAAGGAAUCAAGUUCUACGUCUACGGAAAUCUUGACUAUGUCUACAAGAAGAGUGGGUACGAUCCCAAAUUCCGAACUGGCCAUUACGAUGGAAAGGGCAGAAUUGGAGAAUGGGUCCUCGCCCAAAACCAGGUCAACAGUCCGAGAAUGGGUGCUGCCGUCUUUACGACUGGACCGUAUAUCGAAAUGAGCAUUUCCAAACACACCAUCUUCACCCCCAAAGUGGAGAAUGGCAUUGUGACCUGGCGCGUUCCUGUCGGUGAUGGAGGUGUGGUUCAUGUCUCCUUGGACGACUGCGAGCAUUAUGGAAGGUGGCUCUUUGACCACCCGGAGAGAUCCAACGGGAUGGACCUGGAAGUCGCCAUCGAUCACAUCCACUAUGCGGACCUAGCGAAGGCUUUCGAAAAAGUCACGGGCCAUCCAGCCCGAUACAUCGACACCGACCUCGACACGUACUGGAAGACUGGAAAUGUGGCCAGAGCAGCAAACACGGGAGGAGGAUACAACUCGGACCCCAAGGACCCAGCAUUCAUGACCUUCAGACAGAACUUCACUGGAUUCUUCAACAUGUGGAAAUACUCUGGUGGGAACCAGGGCGUCAUUCGUCGGAACUACCAGCUGCUGGAUGAGAUCCAUCCCACUCGCAUUAGGAGUGCGGAGGAAUUCUUCAGGAGAGAAGAUGUCAAAGGGAGGGCCGCCGGUUUGGGAAGCCUAUGGGAUCGUGUCCAAGACAAAAAUCUCAGACCGAUUCUCAAGACCGGAGAGGAUGGACGGAAGGGUAAAUUGUAG